UAUUUAUUAGACCCUUGAUAUGUUCAAGACCCUGUAGCUGGUGCUGUCGGAGUCACUAAGAUGAACUAUAUAAAUAACUACUCUAUGUGUACGAAUAACUACCCUACAAAGCAGAAAGCUAUCAAGUGCCUUAAGGGAGUUGAAACUGUAUUUGCUACAGGAGGGCUGAGAGAAGACAGAACAUCUACGAUUUUUUUUCUUUUCAAUUCUCUUCCUACAACUAAUUCAUCCGACCUUGGAAGUUUGGUCUUACUAAAAAAAAAAAGUUAGCUGUUCUUUUACAACCUCCUCUUCAAGAUUACUUGUCAGGGUUUGCUGUGCCCUUCGCAGCUUGAAAGACUUUCUCUUCAUCCAACGAUUUGAGGCAAUUAGGAGCCACUGCCUUGUCUCUGCCAUUGGGUUCCAGAAAGCACCAUACAUUGUCCGCAGAUACUUUACUCAUGCUUACACUUUCUUGUUCUGAAUCUUCAAAAAUUAGCGGCGUGUGGUGGCACACGCCUGUAGUCCUAGCCACUCGGGAGGCUGAGGCAGGUGAAUCACUUGAACCUGGGAGGCGGAGGUUGCAGUGAGCUGAGAUUGCGCCACUGCACUACAGCCUGGGCAGAACAGAGAGACCCCAUGUCAGAAAAAGAAAAAAAAAGUAUCUGAUUGUGUUUAGCAUAUCUGCAAUAUCCCCUUGACUUUGGCCUUUAGCCUCUUUAUGAGUACCCUGAUGGAGGAAGGCCCAGGAAGCGGUAGCCUUCCUGGUUUGUGACGCACGGUGUGCAUUGCGUAUUAGAUUAACAUCAGAAUGGCCCUGAAGGCUGGAACAUCUUAUCUGUGUUUGAGAGUUAUGGAAACUCUGAUCCUCCAUGAGAAUAAUUUUUCCAAGGUCUCAGAUCUCUAAAGCAGUAGACCUUGGAUCUGAACAUUGCUAUUUCUGACCUUAAAGCCCAUGCAUUUCCCACAACAUAUGAACCAUGAUAAGGUAUAUUUUAAAGUUCAUCUUUUCUGGUUUUUGUGAAAGUCUUUUAGAGAUCUCAGCUCAUCACAAAGUUUCCGGUUCAGUCUCGUGGGUUUCAUGUACUCAGCCAGCAUUUACUUGCCAGUCAAGGUCUAGGAUGGCUACCUGUCCUCUGCAGCAGCCCCAAGCCUAUUCAUUAAUUUCAUUUACAAUUUUAUAGUCAUAAUUAUUUCUUUGUAUAAUAGCAUUCUGAGAUUUUCCAAAAUUUCCCACUGUUUUUGUUUUACAGUGCGCAGAAUUCACUUUUGCUCUAACUUGACUCCAAGAUGACACAAUUUCCCAGUUUUUUUUUUUAACGGCUGGGGGAUAGGGGUAUGAGGAACAGAACACAGUGGUCUAGCUAACCGAUUUCCGCUACACGUCCAGCUAUCUUUCAAAAUAUUUUGUUUCUGCAUGGCAACUUCAGCCGCUAAAAAAGCAUCCAGUUUACGACGGAACCUGGAGGGUUGGUAAAGGCCCCCUGCGCUGGCCCCGCCCCAUGGGACCGGGCGGCGUGGGCGUGAGAGGCGGGGCGGGGCCGCGCUCUGCUUGCCAAUGUCUUUAUAGGUCACCCGGAAGGCACGCGGAACCUCGGCGCGGUUCUCCCAGCAGGGUCUUUCCGCCACUCCAGCCCCGCGCCCCUCGCCGCGGCCCUCGGGCGUCUGCGCCGCAGCUGCCGCCCCCGCCUCUUUGGAGUCUCUCGCGGCCUCAAAGCGCGGCCUGCGUCGCUUCCGGCAGUUCCCGACCGCGGGCGAUGGCUGCCGCUGGGGGCGCCCGGCUGCUGCGCGCCGCUUCUGCUGUCCUCGGCGGCCCGGGCGGCCGGUGGCUGCACCACGCUGGGUCCCGCGCUGGAUCCAGCGGCCUGCUGAGGAACCGGGGACCGGGCGGGAGCGCGGAGGCGAGCCGGUCGCUGAGCGUGUCGGCGCGGGCCCGGAGCAGCUCAGAAGAUAAAAUAACAGUCCACUUUAUAAACCGUGAUGGUGAAACAUUAACAACCAAAGGAAAAGUUGGUGAUUCUCUGCUAGAUGUUGUGGUUGAAAAUAAUCUAGAUAUUGAUGGCUUUGGUGCAUGUGAGGGAACCCUGGCUUGUUCAACCUGUCACCUCAUCUUUGAAGAUCACAUAUAUGAGAAGUUAGAUGCAAUCACUGAUGAGGAGAAUGACAUGCUCGAUCUGGCAUAUGGACUAACAGACAGAUCACGGUUGGGCUGCCAAAUCUGUUUGACAAAAUCUAUGGACAAUAUGACUGUUCGAGUGCCUGAAACAGUGGCCGAUGCCAGACAAUCCAUUGAUGUGGGCAAGACCUCCUGAACUAGAACAAAUAGGAAUAUUUUCAUGGAAUUUUACCUAUUUUUAUAAUUAUUAUUUCUUAAAGUGAUUAAAUGAGAACAUGGAUGAGUGGACUUCGUAUUAUGACUAGCUUUACUAUUUUAAUUCACCUUGCAUAACUACUGAAUUUUGUCAUUCUUGAAAGUAUGCAAUUUUUAUUUUGGUUAUAUUACAAAAAUGUCAAUCAAAUAUUAAAAAAUAGUUAAUGUGAUAGAAAAACCUUACAUAUUUUUUUCUUAUGUUUGUUUAGCGACUUUAGCAAAAUGUUUUCAUAUAAUCUCAUCUGUUUACCUAGAAGAUAGGUUAAGGAAAUACAUUAUUAUUCCUGUUUGAUGUGGGUGAAGGCAGAGAUCUAACCUGGCUUGUUUAGGGCCAUACCACUAAUUAGAAAAUCUGUACUAGAACCUGUGUCUUAUUACUAUAAGGUAUGUGUUCAGACUGAAACUGGAGAAAUUAUGACUAUUUUAUUUAUAGUAGUAGUUAAAUCUGAAUGUGUAUGGACAAAAAUAUUUAAUUGCUCAGUAAACUGCUUAACUUCAAAGAUAGUUAUUAACCUUAUAAAUAAAUAUUUCAAAAUUUUGAUUCUGAAGUCUAAGUCUGAACGUAGACAUUAUAAUGCUAUCAAAGAAGUUUGAUCUCUGUUUUGACUAAACUAGAGGAAAAAUGAUUGGAUGUGUUUAUUCUUUUCUAAGCAGAAUGGUUUAACUUUGUACUCUUUGAAAAAUAAUGCUGAUUUAUAAAUCUCUGCCUAUAACAGAGUGGAAACCUUA